CAAUUACGUAACCAUGCACUGUACGUAUUCGUCGAUAUAAACAUAUUUCGACGUGCCACUACUAAUAUUGCGAUAGCAAAGUAGUUUAAGUUGGCACUGGCAUUUCAAGCGCUGGGGGGUGGGGCACACUUAACAUAGUAGCCUACAACUAUGGUACACAAAAUGUUUGAAAAACCAUUUAAAUCCUUUGCCAUAAUUUACGAAGACGAGAGAAAAACUUUCUCCAGCGGUGAAUUCAUAAAGGGGCAAAUACGUUUGGAAUUAUGUGAAGGAAUUAAGUUAUGCGCAAUAAUGCUUGCUUUAAAGGGUGAAGCUAAAGUUUCGUGGUUCAAAGGUUACGGUGAGAAUAAAAGAACUUACAGUGCAAGAGAAGAAUACUUCAAUAUUAAGGAGGUACUUCUGGGAGAAGAUAAUAACGGUGUUGGCGAAGGAAACGUAGUCCUUCAAGAAGGAAUGCAUGAGUACCCUUUCAGAGUCCAGCUGCCACAAGGAAAUUUUCCAUCAUCAUGUAAAGGGUUUCAUGGGAGCGUGGUGUACUGUUUGGAAGUGCAGAUACACAGACCAUGGAGAAUGCCUAAGUUCCAGUCAGAAUUUAAUUUUGUCAGCAAAGUAGAAGUGAACCACCCACAACUGCUAGUGCCACAGUCAGCUUCCAGUAACAAGGAGCUGUGUUGCCUCUGCUGCGCCUCAGGGCCCAUAUCCAUAGGCGUUCAACUGGAGAAGAAGAGUUUUGCUCCAGGAGAGAUGAUUAAUAUCACCGCGGAGUUUGAGAAUUUCUCUUCCCGUACACUUGCUCCGAGUGCAGCACUCGCUCAGACACAGACCUUUUACACUUGCCCUAAAAAGUCUGAGAAACGCGAAAAUAUAUAUCUCGCACUCGUCGAAGGGAAGCCUCUUCCGCCUCAUUCUCGUGACGGAUGGGAGAAUCAGAUGCUGCAGAUACCUGCCGACACGCCCCUCACGCUCUCCAACUGCCAGAUUAUGGAGCUGGAGUACUCUUUGGUGGUGCGUGUGGCCAUUCCAUGGGGAGUCGAUCUCAAAGCCAAAGUCCCUCUGGUAAUCGGCUCUGCUCCCUCCUGUCGUCCUCUUGCUUAGACACAGUCUACUGCAGUCUUGUUUUUUUUUGCCAAAUUAUCAUGGAAAUGAGAUUGCUACCAAACACGGAACAUAAAACUGUUACCCCACAAGACAAACAAGUUACAAACAUCAAACAGGGAAUGAGAUGGCACUAUAACAGUAAGGGGAGCAUACUUCAGACAUGGUUCCAAUUAUAAGUUGAAAAAUAUCAGAAACCCAACUUUCCAAAUUCAGUACAGGGGUGAGGGACUUUCUAGAGUAUCACAUCCGUAGAGCUGAGGUGAUAACUGUGAAUUUCUAAUUAGCACACUGCUGAGGAAGGAAGGCAGUAGACCAGUUGUUUUAUACAGUAGGUGAAUAUAUACCAGUGGAUCAAUCUGCACAGAUGUAAAGAAGUCAACCCAGACCACUGAUAUAAGAGACAAUGAUGGGUUAGGGUUUUAGCACCUGCAAUGAAGUGCAGAGCACUAUGGUAUACCUUGUAAAAAUACAACCUGCUAUUCUCUGUUGUGUACUGUAUGUAACUUGCAUAAAAAGCUUUUAAAGCUACAUACGUCUACAUGUGUAUCUGAAAUGCCAAUUGUAGAGCAUAGGCUGCUUUCUGUACAGGUUUCAUAAUGUAUAACAUAAAAGGCAUAGCGCUUGGUAACCUUCUCCUGGAAAAUGUCUGAAAUUAUGCUUAUCUGGUCCUUUGCUUAUCGGCUUUCUUUUUGCCAGGAAGUGAACAUACUUGAGUGUUGUUGUUUUUUUUACAGAUGUGAUUUCUUAAAGACACUCGGAAUGAAUGUGACACGCAAAGUAAAUGCAGUGUUGUCAUUUAAAAUUUUCAGUCUGUUGCAUUAGUAUUGCAGUAGUGCAAAAUGAUAUUACGUACUCCGUAUUGCAUAUUCAAUAGACCAUGAAAUGGUACAGUACCUUACUCGGUGCUGAGUAAGAGGCCACCUCUGUAUCUGCAUUUUAAUGGAAUGGUAAUUACAGCAGACCAAUGGACACCAUCUUUUUUAAUACAUGGAUUUAACUUCAUUUUUGACUGAUUGAUAAUGUUUUUAGUGCAGUUAUGAUCUUUGCAACCAAGGACCUCAUAAAUAAUUCCUUACCACUUG